AAUUUUUCUGUAGUUUGUAAAAAAAUGUUCAGUUAAAAUGGUUUAAUAGUGAUUUUUAAUUUUAUUUGUAGAUUUUUGAAUUUUAAUAUCGUUUACUUCUAUGCGAACUAUUUAUUGGGUUUUUAUUUUAACUAUACAGGAGAUUUUAAAAAUUUGAAACUUCUUCAUUAAUUAAUCAAGUUUAUUUUUAAAUCAUAACCUAGCUGCAAACAAUGGAAUUUGUUAGAAGACAAUUCCUUUGACGAAUGUAUUUUAAGUACCUUAUCUGAAGUGAAAAUACAAAUACAAAUGAUUCGACUGAAAAAUUAUCAACAUCUAUUUACAAUAGUAUUCACAAAUAUAAUGAAAGAGAACCAGUAUAUGAUAUUUUAGAAUUUCAGAUGUGGUCAAGACGUAUCUAAUAGUAACUGGUAAUAAAGUUCAUCUAUUUAAGGGACGUAUUAUAUAGUAUACGAUUAUUUGUAAAAGUCUAAUCAGUGAUGGUGUAUUUCUAAAGAAAUGAUAGACAAACUGAAAAGUGGAUUGGAUAUAAUGAAUUAGGUUAGUAUUCAAAUAUUUCUAAAUAUAAUAAAUAUUACAAUAAUAUAGUAAUUUGUAAUUAGAUAAUCUACAUAUAUUCAAAGUUGUAUACACUAUUUUUCUUUAUAACUAAAAUUCGUUUCGAUAGCCUAAUAUAUUUUAUAUAUAUCAACAGUUAUCACUAAACUUUAUUCAUUUAAUAUUGUUUUAAUAGUUACCUACUUCAAGAAAAACUGUAAUGUUGGCAAAAAAAAAAAUAGAAAUCAAUUUUGUAAAAUGAAAGUCUUGUUAAGGUUGGUAGCAUUGCGUUCAUUCAUGUUUUCGUGGCCCAUAGUAAUUUUGGGUUAUGUACCGGAAGUGAGAGUGGGGUCGGCGGGCGGGGGGUUUCCGUUUCAUUCAUCUAUUCACUUCAUUCAUUGGCAAAUGGUCAUAUAUAUCCGUUCUAAGGGCAUGGCACUGGUUUUUGUAUGAGUGUUGUUUUUCUCUCUGUGAGCGUGUUUUUAAAAUCUUAUUAAAUUGUGCGAUUUACUAUCUGUUAUUCACUUCCGGUUGUUGUAUUUCGCCUUUUUUAUUAGAAAAUUUAGUAACUUAAUAGUUAUUAGUAAUAGUUAGCAAAUUCUUCGAUGCUACAUAAAAGGUAUGUUUUGAAGUAUUGUGUUUUAUAGGCUACUUAAUAUAUACGUACACAUAAGACCUUCAAUGUGUUCAGCAUUGUUGAUUUUUUAUUGCGCAAGAAUAUUCCAUUUAACAUUACUAAUUUAUAAAUUAAUACAAUUAAUAUCCCCUAAAAUCGAAAGAAUUGAUUUUAUUUAAUUUAAAAACUUAUAAUUACUCAUUAUAAUCAGAAAUAUAAUUCAUAUUAAUUCAUAAGUAACACAGAAAGUUAGGUGUUUUUAUUUGUGAUUUUGUUUUAGAUAAUUUUAUUUAUUUAUUAAUACAAAUUAGGAUAUUAUUAUAAUUGUAAUAAAUAGCAAGCAAUUAUAUUUAUUCAUAUCAAAUUGUUAUUAAUAAUAAUUUUUAAUCAAUUAGUGAUUAGGAAUAUUAUUAGGUACUUACCUACUUAUAAUUUUUGAAAUUAUCAAAAAUACCUAAGUACAAAUAAAUUAUUUUUUUUAGUUUUUUGGUUAUGAUAAAAUUUGAUGAAAUAUUAAUGAUUUUUAUUACAGCUAUAUUUUAUUUUUAUUUUCUGAUAUUAAGUAGGUACCUAUAUAAUUAAAUCAAGAAACUUGAUUUAUACUUAGAAAUAUUAUCUGUCUAUUUCUCUCUCUCUCUCUCUCUAUAUAUAUAUAUAUAUAUUGAUUUCUUAAAUUUCUUUUGACCUAAAUUAUAUUUAUUUUAAUUUGUUAAAUAUAAUAUAAUAUUUGUUUAAUAUCUUAAUGUAGGUUAAUACAUUUACAUGGUUUAAUAUUAUGUAAGUUCUUAUUAAUAUUUUAAAUUGUUGAGAUUAUAACUUUAUUUUAUUUAUGUAUUAAGAUAUGCCAAAUAAUUUGUUUGGGUUUAGGUAAUAUAGAAAUGGUUAAAAGAGUUUUCCCAAAAAAAAAAAAAAAAAAUUGUGCGUUCAAUAUUUACUACCGUUCUAAGUUAACCAAGACUUAACAAGACUAAUUCAUAGCACUUGUCAGAAAAUAAUAUAAAAUUCAGAAUUGUAGUAUACACUUAUUAUGAAAAUUAAUAAAGAUAGACUGUACGAGUGGAAAAUGUUUUGUGGCUGAAGAGCUUUGUUACGACUCUAGUGCUACCUGGGGUGGGUAUAUCAUUUCUGCACAUAUUAAUCAUUUGCUUAUUACAAUUAUUUUGACCAUUGGUUUCAUUGUAAAAUAUGCACUUUUUUAGACUAUACUGAUAUAUUACCAUAUAUAAAUAAGGUAAAUAGUAGAUAUAGGCUCUAUCCAUUUAUAUAUUAUAUUUAUGUCCAAAACAAUAACUUUUUUUUAUUGGCAUAAACUUGUAUUAUAAAAUUUAAUGUGUUUAUAUUUCUUUAUACUUUUUUUCUAUAGUAUUCUAUAAUUUUAAUAGUAUUUUCUGGUAUAAGAUUUUCAAUAUUUUAUGAUUACCACCAUCAAACUUGACCUCAAACAGUAAAUUUCCACUAAUUUGCCGUGGUUGGUAGAAUUAGAUGUAGUUGUAAAAUGUAACAUUUCUGUAACAUUUUCAUAUACGUAUAUGUUAGUGUGUGAAUUUAUUGUGUAUAACACUAAUCAUGUUUUGGUUUGCAAAAAAACUAUUGUUUUAUAAAGUAUCAUUUUUUGCAUGUAUUACAUCAAUAAAAAAAAAAAACCACUGAUAUACUUUAUAAUGAUAUCUUCUAUCUAGUAUUUAAUUCACAAGUACAAAUAUUUAUUCACAAUGGUUUGUGUUAUUGUUUAUAGUUAAAUUUCUUUAUAAUUUUUCUAUGUAACUAAUAUGUAUUUAUACAAGAACUAUUUAAAACAAUUAUACAUAAUUCUGUAGUAUUCAAUUUAUAUUAUGAUCAUUGAUCUGGUUGUUUAAAUAUUUAUUAUAUUUUUUACUAGCUGUAUUGUCUGAUUUUGCCUGUGCACAUUACCUUUGGAAAAAAAUAAUUCAAAAUGUCUACCUGUAGAAACAAUUUAUUAUAAUUUAAAUAGGUUUUUUUUCCUGUGCAAUUAAUGGAUACCAGAAAUAAACAAAAUAAAUUGCAAUUUUUCUAUUUUAAAGAAAAAUUUCUCGUGUGUAUCUCCUUUAGAAGAUGAAUUUCCUACUCAAUUCACUCUCUAAGUAAGUACUCCUGGAAUUAAUAAUUUAACUAUUUAGAGUGAUGACAUAAGUUCUACAUUUAAUCUAGGGGUAGGCAAUAGGUGGCCCACGGAUAGGAAAUAAACUGACUACCAAAAUGUCUUUACUUAACGCCAGUUUUUUUUUUAUUAUUUGUCGUUUGCGUAGAUCCAGAAUAUCUAAGUGUCCGAACAAAAUCCAUAAUUAUGAUAUAAAAUUUAAUAUGUUUGGUGUAUUUGUAUAUUUGUAUACAAUUUUAUGUCCGUUUUAUUCUAUAAAAUAAUUAAAUAAUACUAUAUAAUAAUAAUUUGUUUUAAUACAAAAAUAAAUUUGUUUAUUAACUUAAGAAUUUAUGUUUUUUCUGGAGGUUUUAAAUAAGACGAAAAACCAAAUAGAUGGAGAUUGAACUUUUGUUUUUGCAUAUAUCCAAAAUUAUAUGGUCCUCAACAAUUUGAUUUCAAAUUAUCCAGCACCCUUUAGAAAUUAAUUGCCCUUUGAUUUAAUCUAUAGUCGCAUCAUGAUCUUUAAAAAGUUAUUUUUGUAUUAAGGUAGUUAAUACUAAAUUUAACCUUUCCAAAACUCCAAUGCAAAUUAAUAAAUAUUGUUAAAAACAAAAAUAAAAAAAUAAAUGUAUGUAUGUAUAUAACAACAAUAAAAUAUAAAAAUAAGAGAAUCGUAUGAAUUUAACAAACUCAUUAUUUUUUAAAAGAAUACCAUUUUUGUCAAUGAACAUAAAAUAGUCUAAUCGAAUUGGGAAACAUUUUAGAUUUUUGGGAAACUUACCUAAAAUUGUUAACAUUUCAAAAAACGUUGAUUAUUGUGAAAUAUGUAUUUUUGACAAAAUAUGUAAAAACAAAUUUAUCAUUAAUAAAUUAGAUAAUUGAUUAAGUCCAAGUGAACAUAUUUUUAUCCAUUAACAUUUGAGUCUUACAAUAAUGGCUAAUGAUUAAUUCCAUUUCAUAGUUUGUAUGUAAAAUCCCUAAAAUAUUAUCUUUACAUUUUUAUAACUUUUCCAUUUCAAUUAAUACAAAUAUAUUUUAAAUAAAUUUAUAAUUUCAAUUAAAUUAUUCAGUUUUGUUUUUGUUACAUUUUUAUUUUGAUAAAUAUAGUCUUUAGCCGAAUCCACACUCGAACAUGCAUUAUAUUUAAAAUUGCUUUUUUAUGUGCCAGAUUGAGUGUAUGGGAAAUGUGGACAACAAGUAAUAUGCUUAACUUAAUUGUGUGCAUGACUAUUUGUUAAAAGUUGAUUCUCGAAAAAAAAAGGUCAAAGGAAUAUUUGAAAUAUAAAUACAGUGGACUUAUAGAUACAUUUAAACACGCUAAAAUUUGUUUGAAAUAGAGUACAAUGCUUAUAAAAAUGCUUAUGAAAUAGAGUACAUGCUCAAGUGUGGCUUUCAGUAACUUUUAAUAACACAUACAUCUAACUAAGAAUGAUUUUAAAAUAAAAAAUAUUUCUUAUUCCUCCUAAUCAACACUUUUAAAAUGUUAAACAUAUAUUUUUUUAUUUGUGUAAACAUUAAGAAAAAUAAUAUACACUUUAUUAUUAUUUAUAUAAGUUGUAUUAAAUUAUAAUUUAAUUCAAUCCUGUUACCUAGGUUUAAAAUAUUUAAAACAUAUAUAUAUAUAUAUGUGUAUAAAAGAACGCGUCUUUUUUAUGUUUCGAUUUUGUGAUGACACUAUUUAACUUUUUUCCAAUUUUUCUUUGUAGUUUUGUUCCAAAUACUUACACUUAAGUGUUACCACAUUGGCCAUUUUUUUCAAAUUCAACCCCUAAGGGGGUUAUAAAGGGGUUUUAGGUAUUUUUAGUUGAAUAUCAAAUUGUUUAUUUAUGGUAGUUACGGAUGGAAAAAAAAGUUAAAACAAACAAACCAACAAAAACUACACACAGGCGAAGCCAGGUUAUUUAGCUAGUAUAUAUUUAUAGAUCUUUAUAAAUUAAUUUUUAUUUUAAAUUUCUAUACAACUUAUAAAUAAUGUAACACACUUUUCUCCUACUUAUAAUAGUAACAAACUAAUUUGUAAUCAAUACAAAGUUAUCAUACGAUCAUGUAUAAUUGUCUUCAUAUGUGGCAGAUUAAUGUCAAAUAUGAUGUGCAUGUUAUUUUAAUUAUUUAUUAUUCAUUGAUAUUAUUGAAAUAAUGACCUUUAAUAUAUUUUUAGGUACUAAUAAUAAUAUUUAUCUUCCUUUUUUUUUUUUUUUUUUGUGUUUAAUACAAAUUUUACUAUUUAAUCAAAUUAUUGUUUGUUAUCUUGAUAAUCUUGAAUUAAUUAUGAUUUAGGCCCAAAUUUAUAUAUAUUUGCAUGUUUUUUUUUUCCAAAAAGUAGCUAUAUAAGCUAUAAGUUUGAUAUAAAUUAAUAGAAUUGAAAUACAAAGUUUUAUUUUGCAUAUUUUACUAUUUUUUGACACGUACUACAUAUUUCUGUAUUUUACAAAUUUUCAUUGUAUAUAAAUGUUUUUUAAAUGCAUAAUGUGUAAUUUUUUGGUUAUGUUUAUAUUAGUUUAAAAAUAAAAAAAAAAUUUUUUUUCUUUAUCAAAUUUGUUAUAUGCAUGUAUUUUAAUUUAAAAAUUAUAUUUUUAUGUGUUGCUUUUCUGAUUGAAAAAUGUCGAAAAUAGCAUACAAUUACAAAUCAAUCAUUAGCACUUAAUUUAAAAAUAAAGAUAGAAAUAAUAAAAAUUAAAAACAUAUGUUCUUUAGAAAAUCAAAUCAUGCAUGUGUUUUAUUUUAAAGGGUAUAUCUCUACAAAAAAUGAACAAAUGCAAAUUUUAUAGUGCAUAUUUCUAAAAUUAUUAGAGCAUAAAAAUAUGUGCCCUAAUUUUAUGACUACCAAUGUAAAAUAAAUAGAAUUUAUUUUUUUUUAUACAUUUAAUGUUUAUUUACAGUAAAGUAUUUAAAAAUAAAUUUUAUAUAAUUAUGUAUGGGAUAUAAUUAAUUACUUAUUAACAUAAGUAAAUAUUUUGUUAACCCAACUGAAGUGUAAACUACCGUAGACCAUUACUAUUACUAGAGAUUUUUAUCAACUUUUUAAAAAUAUUGGAGUAAGGAUUUAUACGUAUAUUUUAAUCAAAUAAUAGUAUAUUUUGUUACAGAUGAGAAAAAUGUUAUGACCUGUAUAACUCGAUAUACACAAUAUAUCAAUGGCACGUCAAAAGGAAGUGCAAUGUGGUUAGUUGAUUUUCCACACUGCUCAUCCAUGAAUGAAGGUAUUUAUAUUACCUUCAUUACAGUUUAUGUUUUUACUUUUCUUAAUAUUUGAAUAAUAUAUUUAUAGGAUAUGGAAAAUUUUUUUGCUUCCGUUACUGUAGCGGCUUGUCUUGUCUGGCCGAAUCACAGCCAGUUGAUCUUGACUCUGUGUAUAAGUUAGCAGCCGACAGUAACGAGAAUGCUAAACAGCCCAAAGUGUGUGAAAACUGUACAGAGACAUGUGACAAUUCUGAAAAACUAACACGAUCUGAAGUUAAAGUUAUUGAAACCAAAGUUGAUGUUCAUGUACAAUAUUCUGAUAAAAAACCACAAGUUGCUGAAAAUAAUGAUUAUCUUAAAAUCUGGUCAGAUGCUCCUAUUCCAGAUUCUCCUCCUCCACCUCUUCCACCGCGUACCUACAAACAUAAACCUUUAGAGAGAACUUGGGCAAUUCCACCAGCUACAAAUAUUCCUUUAGAUGCAUUACGACAGUUAAAACCUAAAGGUCUAAUGGAUAGUUCUGACUUUACAAAUAUUUCUCCUGCUAUUGAGUCUAAAGAACAUAGGCCCUUAACCAGAGCUUCUAGUCGAGCUGGAGAUCAUGUAAACAUGAAGUGUUCUGUUCAAAAAACAUUAUCAAAUGAUAUUAGAGAACAUUCAAGAUUUAUGAUGUUGACCGAUGAAAACAGAAAACCAAGAAAAUUAGAAAGUAGACAAGAUUCUACACUUCCGCCAGGUAAUAUUUUUACUAUUAUAAUUACGUCAAUGUUUUAUAAUUAAUUUUGUAUAAUUAAAUUAGACUGGGAAGCUCGAAUAGAUAGUCAUGGUAGAGUAUUUUAUAUUGACCAUCUUAAUCGAACAACUACUUGGCAUUGUCCUUCUAGACAAAAUUGUGAUAUGCAUUAUUACCAACAAAGGCAACAAUUGGACAGAAGGUAAAUUUACCUAUUUGAUAACAAUAUAUUUUGUUUUGAGUUUUCUACCUUGUUUUUUUAUUCAAAUUUUGUGUUAAUAAUUGUGUACAUUGAAAUGAUAAUAUAAUAUUAGGUACCAAAGUAUACGUAGAACUAUUUCACAAGAGCCAGAACAUAACACUUUAUCAAGAGCUGAUUCAUUACGUUUAGAUUCAUCAAAAUCUAAAUUUCGAGAUCAUGGAAAUAUAGCCCUGCAGUUCAUUAGUAAAAAAGAAUUUCCAACUUUAUUACAGCAAAAUCAAGUAUGAUAGAAUAAAUAAUUUUUUUAUGACUUAUUAAAUUUGUAUAAUUAUUUAUAGAGAGCAUUAGCACUUUAUAAUAGUUCUUCAACACUUAAAUAUAUUGUGCCCAAAAUUCGAAAUCAUCCAUCUUUAUUUCAACGAUAUCAAAGUCAUAGUGAUUUGGUUAGCCUUUUAAAUUUGUUUGCUAAUACAAGAAUUGCACUUCCUAGAGGAUGGACUUCUAAAAUUGAUGCUGCUGGAAAGGUAUUAAUAUAUAGACAAACAUAAAGUAUGGUAUAAUAAAUUAACUAUUUGUACUUCUGAUUUUUUAUUUUAGGUAUUUUUUAUGGAUCACACCACAAAAAUGACUACAUUUAUAGACCCUCGUUUACCAUUAAGUGAUCUUUCUGUGCCAUUACCAUCAACAUCUCAAGAACCUCCAAUACCUCCACCUCGUCCAACUGUUACACACAUUGAUAACAUGAUUUGUGAUACAAUGGAUAUACCAACUGCAUAUAAUGAAAAAGUUGUAGCUUUUAUUCGCCAGCCAAAUAUACUGGAGAUAUUAGCAGAACGGUACCCACAAUUAUCCACUGAUCAAAACCUUAAAGACAAAAUAAAUCAAAUUAGAAUUGAUGGUAUUCCAUCACUUGAUACAUUUGGUAAUGAAAUGGAACUCAACAUUUUGUUAAGGUGAGUACAGAAAAAUUAUAAUUUUUAGAAGUUAAAUAGUAAUAGUGAAUUUAAUAUUUGUUGAAGUUUAUUUGAGAAUGAAAUAAUGAGUUAUGUACCAGUAAGAAUGAGAGAUACUAAAACAUCUCCUCAACAAUCACCGAUAAUGAAUAGGGCAAAUAGAACAAUUCCACCUUUUAAAAGAGAUUUUGAAGCAAAAUUAAGAACCUUUUACAAGAAACUGGAAACUAAAGGAUAUGGACAAGGACCAGGCAAACUCAAGUAAAUUUUUUAUGAAAUAGAUUAAAGAGAAUUAUGAAUUUUAUUAUUCUUAUUUUAAUCUUAGGAUUGAUGUACGGCGAGAUAAUCUUCUUAGAGAUGCAUACAUUAAAAUAAUGAGCGUACCUCAGAGUGAUUUACAAAAAUGUAAAUUAUCUGCACAAUUUGAUAAUGAAGAAGGACUUGAUUAUGGUGGACCAUCUAGAGAGUUCUUCUUUUUAAUAUCCAGAGAAUUGUUCAAUCCUUAUUACGGCCUUUUUGAAUAUUCGGCUAAUGAUACUUAUACUGUACAAAUAUCGCCUAUGUCGACGGCAUUUGUUAAUCAAAAAGAAGACUGGUUUAGAUUUAGUGGACGAGUUUUAGGUUUAGCAUUAGUCAACCAAUAUUUAUUAGAUGCAUUUUUCACUCGACCAUUCUACAAAACUUUAUUAAAGCUGUAAGAUUAAAAUUAUACUUUAUUUUUAAAACUUUAUAUUUAUAAAAUAUUAAAUUUUAGACCUAUGAGUUUGAGUGACUUAGAGUCUGUUGACCGAGAAUUUCAUCAAUCACUUUGUUGGGUACAAGAAAGAGAUAUAUCAGUAGAAAUGUUAGACCUCACCUUUUCAGUCACAGAAGAAGUAUGUGGCCAUGCAGUUGAAAAAGAGUUAAAACCAGGAGGUCAACGAAUAUUUGUCACAGAAAGAAAUAAGAAGGUUAAAUACGAUCUUAAUGGAUUUAAAUUUCAAAUUUCAAUAACAAUUUUUAAUUUAUUUAAUAGGAGUACAUUGAUAAAAUAGUCAAAUGGCGACUAGAACGUGGUGUUACUGUCCAGACUCAAGCUCUAGUCCAAGGUUUUUAUGAUGUCAUUGAUCCACGACUUCUAUCUGUCUUUGAUGCACAAGAACUAGAACUAGUCAUUGCUGGUACUGUUGAAAUAGAUUUAACUGACUGGAGGAAUAACACUGAAUAUAGAUCAGGUAAAGUUAAAUAAAAAAUCUUGGAACAUGAGUUAAUAUUUAUACAUAUUCGUUACUUUUUACUCUUUAGAUUUUUAUCUAUUAUCUUCAUAGAUCUGAUUAUUAAAUAUAAAUAAAUGUUUAUUUUAACUUAGCAGUGUAUUGCAUGGCGUUUGUAUUAUAUUAUAUUGAGAAUAUUUUAAAUAUUUUUAAGGUUAUCAUGAUGGUCACCAAGUUAUAAGAUGGUUUUGGUCUACAAUAGAGCAGUUUACUAAUGAACAAAGACUAAGGCUUCUUCAAUUUGUAACUGGCACAUCUAGUAUACCAUAUGAAGGAUUUUCUGCUCUUCGUGGGUCUACUGGCCCUAGAAAAUUUUGCAUUGAAAAGUGGGGCAAAGUCAAUAGUUUACCAAGGUAAUGUUUUGUUACUAUUUCUAGGUUUAUUAUAAAUAUACACACAUUAUAUGUGGUACGUUUUCUCUAAAACUCAUUAUCUCAAAUAGUAUUAAAAUAUUUGGAAAUUUUUUUUAGAUAAUUUUAAAUAAAUACGUUUCUAAAAUACUAAAUUACCAGUCCCACGACAUUUCACUUUUAAUUUUGUUAUUUUGAGGGUAGAGCAAGAGAUGAGAAGGAUUCUACAAGACAUCAUAAGCUUCAAAAAUAAUAACAAAAUUUUAUAAAUAUAUGUACCCUAAAAACCGGUAUUGCUAUCAUUGAUUAUAAUUCCAGUUAUAUGACUGACCAUUAUGCAUUUAUGGUCAGUUAUUAUAAAAUGAGUACUGCAUAAAGUACGCAGUAACUUUUAGUUGCCCACUAUUUUGAUUGAUAAUAAAAUUUCUAUUUAAUAUCAUAAAUAAUUAUACAAUUAUGUACAUUCAGGGAUAAUGAGUGUUUUUCAGAUUACUUAUAUAACAUGUUUUAAAAAUAAAAAAAAAUUAUUUGAAAAAUAAUAUAUAUAUUCAUUUUAGAGCACAUACAUGUUUCAAUCGUCUUGAUUUACCACCGUAUACUACACAAAAUGUACUCUGCGAAAAACUCUUAUUAGCUAUAGAUGAAAGUAAUACGUUUGGAAUGGAGUAAAGUUUUUUUAAUACUUUUUAUAGCUAAAUUCAGGCUAAAAAUCAUAGAAAUUACGAUUUAUAGAUUGGAAACUAAUUAUUAUUGAACAUUUUUAAGAUUUUUUUUUUGUUAUUUUAUGUAUAAAAAACUUAGAUCAAAUAUUAUUAUAUCAUUGUAAAUUUAAUAUUUAAACAAAAUGUAUUUAUUAUUUAUAUUCAAAAAUGUUUUUAUCUAGUUAUUACCAUUUCUUCCUGUUUAAAACAGCCUAGUUAAACAGGACAUGGUUAUGAUUCCCUUAAAUUUAAUAAUAUUUAUUUACUUUCUUGUUAUUCUGUUAAAACGGACUAAUAUCUCUCUUAUCUUGAUGUUAAAGAAAGAAAAACUCAUUUGUUAUUACUGUUAAUUUUUAUUUUUAUUAUUGCUUUUCCUAAAAUUUGCUGCUAAUUUUAACAGACAUCUAUACAGAACAAUAGCGACUUGUUGAAUCUAAAGAAUAACAUCGACAAACACAAUCAGCGACUGGGCAUUCCAAGUGAUUCCUAAGAAAAUAAUUAUUAAUAAAUAAUAUUUCUUUUUAAUGUAUGUUUAUAAGCUAAAACUAUUAAACGAUUAAAAUUUUUACUUGAACCAGUCACUGAUAUGAUUAGAAUGACCACCAUGAUUACAUGUAGGACACCAGGAAAACCAAUAUGAAAAACUAUUUAUAGUUUGUCCAGUAAUAACAUAAGAACUGUUGGAUGUUUGUUUGCCCGAUGUUUUUCUUGUUGGAACUUUGGCACUGGCUGUCCCUAAAUGUGCAAGACAUAGUGCACACCGAGGUAAUGGACUUUGACAAUUGGGACAUGACGUGAACUGAAAAAAUUAUAAUUAAAUAUAUUUAAAAUAAGUAAUAUCAAGGUAAAGAAAAUACAAUAAUAUUCAAUAGUUCAUAAAUCUACAUUGUUACUGUAGAUAAUCAAGUAUAUUGGUUACAAUACAAUAAUAUAUACACAGCAGUACACCAAACAUACUUAAGAUUUUAAUAUGGAAAAGUAUAAUACAUUACAUUUUUAAAUGCCCAUUAUACCUUAUAUAAA